UCCCUCCUUUCCCCUUCACGGAGCCGGCUCGGGGCGCGCUCACCCCGGCGAGGAGGCCACAGGCCAGACUCGGGAGGCGCCCUCUCCGCUCCCGCAAAGUCAUGUAUCACCCGAGCCGGGGGGCGGCCCGGCGCCUCGGGCCCUGCCUCCGCGCGUACCAGGCCGGUGGCUGGGUGACCCGCCGGGACCGGGGGAAGAGGGGCCGGGGCCCGAGCUGCACAGCGGCUGCCUGGACGGACUCAGGAGCCUGCUGGAGGGGCCCCCCGGCCCCUGUCCCGGGGCCCUGGCACCCUUCCAAGCCCACGGGGCUGCCCGCGCCUGCCCCGCCGCGCCGUCGGGAGACCCGAGCAUGGAGGAGCACCUGGCCGUCAUGCACGAGAGGCUGAGACGAGAGCUUCCCAAUCUCUUUCUUCACUCCCACGACUACAGUCUGUAUUCAUCGGACGUGGAAUUCAUCAAUGAGAUCCUGAACAUCCGUACCAAGGGCCGGUCGUGGUACAUUCUGUCACUGACUCUCUGCCGCUUCCUGGUCUGGAACUACUUCGCACAACUCCGGCUGGAGGUCCUCCAGCUGACCCGCCACCCGGAGAACUGGACCCUGCAGGCGCGCUGGCGGCUCGUAGGGCUCCCCACCCACCUGCUCUUCCUGCGUUUCUACAAACGUGACAAAGUGGAGCUUUACCGGACGUACGAUGCCUAUUCCACCUUCUACCUGAAUUCCAAAGGCCUCAUCUGUCGACACCGCCUGGACAAGCUGAUGCCAUCGCACUCGCCGGCCUCGCCUGUGAAGAAGCUGCUGGUGGGAGCCCUGGUAGGGCUGGGGCUGUCGGAGCGAGAACCCAGCUUACAUGUGUGCUCCAAGGCCUGAGCCAGAAGCCGGGCAGGGUGCCCUGCAGAUUCCGCUGCGCACGCACAAGACGAGCAGGGAGCCGAGACCCCCCACGCUGUGUAACGCUGCUGUUAUUUAACUUGUACAUAAUAAAGUUUAAGUGCUGUGGACAGAA